UCCAAGUCUCGCUCUGAUCCAUACGAUAGUUUUGGAGAGGAUCCCGAUGCAAGCUCUGUUCCGCCCAAACCCUAAUCGAACCCCUCCCCACCGGGGAGAGAGCAAACGAGAGAUCUCGCCGUGUUGGCAUCCGGUUGGAAGUGCUCUCCUUUGCUUCCGUCUUUCUUCUCCCAGCUUUUGUGGCUGCUCUUUCAGAUCGUAGUGAUUGGUUUGCAGAAAUGGAGGCUUUAGGGCAAAGCAGAAGUGAUGGAGUUGCUGCCCUGUACUCUACGGUGGAAUUUCUAGUGGCAGAAUCUGUAAUGGUGGCAGAAAGGUUUCUCCUUUCGCUUCUCCUGCCUGUGGGAUUAUUGUCAGGUGAAACUGCCCCUCCAAGGGAAGAGUCAGAAGCAAUUUAUGGAAUGAUUCGAAGGGGCAAACACAAAGCAGUCCCUGAGAACAAGGAUGAUGGCGAGUCAGAUGACGAGGGGGACGAUAACGAGGAUGAGGAUGGAGAUGAACAAGAAGAUGAUGGGGGCGAAGAUGAUGUUUCUGGCGAAGAUGAUGAUAAUGAUGCAUAUGAUGACCCUCAGGCCAAUGGUGAAGGAGGAAGUGAAGAUGAAGAUGAUGAGGAUGAUGAUGACGAUGAUGACGAAGAGGACGAUGAUGGAGAUGAAGAUGACGAAGAUGAGGAAGAAGAUGAGGAGCUCCAGCAACCGCCCUCCAAGAAGAGGAAGUGAGGUGCCACACUGCAUCUCUCUCUGGCAUCUUGGCUUUCUAGCUUGUUUCAAUUUGGCUGUUGGCAUUAAGGAGAGGUUAGUUAAUGGCUGGGAGGGGAUGCACCGGGGUUAGGUAAACAGGUUCAAUGUCCUUUGUACUAACAUUGAUCUUCUUAUGCCGUGUUUUGUUAAACAUACUACUACCAAUAGACAUUUGGUACAAGCUUAAUCAUUCUACUUGUGGCAGUA